AUGACUUGUUAUGGACAAACGAGUAGCAUCCAGACUCCAAGGGCUCUAGGGGUCCACUACCAAGAAGUAGGCAGUGUGAGACAAGUAUCUCAAAGCCGUACCUGCCCCUUUUCCCGUGACUAUCACGCUAACGAUAUCGGGAAAUGGGAUGAAUCGCCCCCCUCCUUUUUGUCUCUCCUUGACUUCUUCUUCCCCAGUCUUCGCAGUCCUUUCUUGAAGUUUUCCCACACCAGAGGGAUUCGUUCUCUCCACAUUCUUUUGAAAACAGCUGUCUUUUACUCGACUCUCUACGACACACGCGAAUACCCCCUGAUGUAUGUGCCAUUUCCCGUUUUAUCUCUAUAUAAUGCAGUCGCGAUAGGCUGUGGUCUGGAUUGUUGUGCAUCGAGGAAAUGUACAGACGAUUGUGCACAACAGACGCGAUAUAUGGCACUCGACCGCGUCCAAGCUGCCGUAUAUGAUGCAAAACCAUUCGACGAAAGGAACCAUGGAUUUGAACACAGCUAA